CGUUACACCUUUAGUGACACUGGGGUUGGGAAAUCAAGCAUCGUGUGUCGAUUUGUCCAGGAUCACUUUGACCACAACAUCAGCCCUACCAUUGGGGCGUCUUUUAUGACCAAAACUGUGCCUUGUGGAAAUGAACUUCACAAGUUCCUCAUCUGGGACACUGCUGGUCAGGAACGGUUCCAUUCACUGGCUCCCAUGUACUACCGAGGGUCUGCUGCGGCUGUCAUUGUAUAUGAUAUUACCAAACAGGAUUCAUUUCAUACUUUGAAGAAAUGGGUCAAAGAACUGAAAGAACAUGGUCCAGAAAACAUUGUAAUGGCUAUUGCUGGAAACAAAUGUGAUCUCUCAGAUAUUAGGGAGGUUCCCCUGAAGGAUGCUAAGGAAUAUGCUGAAUCUAUAGGUGCCAUCGUGGUGGAAACAAGUGCAAAAAAUGCUAUUAAUAUCGAAGAGCUCUUUCAAGGAAUCAGCCGCCGGAUCCCACCCCUGGACCCCCAUGAAAAUGGAAACAAUGGAGCCAUCAAACUUGGGAAGGCCAGCACGCCAUCCAGCCGGCGGUGCUGCUGACCCAGGGCUGCGGGCCGCCGUACUUGAAGAAGCAGAGCCCACGACCCCGGGCCCUGCUGAAGGAGCCCCAUGCUGGGUGGCCCGCACCUCACUGAGAAGAGCAGGCAUGCUGGCUUCGCAUGCUGGCUUCGCAUCCCGGAAGACCUGCAGGGAGCAGAGCAGGAAAGGUCCCUGAAAAAGGACUCUAGAGAACUCUGGAAAAACCCAUCACACCACCACAAAAUGGCCUUUAGUGCAUGAAAUGCACACGGGAGGGACUGUACUUAUUAGGGAAUAAGUAUAAUUGAGUUUUUGUUAAAAACCUUUAAAAAUUUUUUGGAUUUGUUGUACAAAAGUCUUACUGCCCUAUCAUGUUUAUGGGAUUCUAAAGUGGCGUUCUACUCUGAUUUCCUGGGUCACCCGGCCAAAAGUCAGCAAUUUCUUUAGUGCCAUUGCAUUUGUUACCUAAGCAGCCUUCACUGAAAGGCCAAUUUAAUUUAGAAGGUUAGUUUUUAGCUGGAUUUGGAAGUAAGCAUUUAUUUAUUACUUUUCUGAAGGAAAUCGGAGAAGUAUAGUUGGACUAUUACGCUGAGACUUGAACUAUUAUAAAAGAGGAGAAAAAGUUAGAAACUGUUGUCUACAUCUCUUUUAAUCAAUGAACACUUUUUCCAGUUUUGGUCAUAUCUAAACAAACAAACCAAAUCAGGCUGAAAUAUUGCAUACAUUUUGAGAUUGGGAGGCCCAGUUAGAAGGAGUCAUUUAAGUAGUUACUGUGUGAGCCGUGGUAGAUGUAGACUAUAAAUAUCAUUCAAGAGACCACCUGGCAUUCAUCACCUCCGUAGUCAUGAACUUCUACUCGCUUAGAGAAGUUUAAUGCUCAGAGCAUUGUUUUACUAAGAGAAUUACUAAGAAAAUUAACUGAAGGGUGUUUGAGUCUAAAUCAUAGGGCAGAUUUCUAAUAAUAGCAGUGAACAAUAGGUUACAGGAAAGCCAGCCAAACCUGAAAUUUCUAGACCCCAAAAACUACAGAAUUGGAGAAAGCAUUUUAAAUGAUGCCAGGCUCGGGGAGGAGCAUAUCAGGACUAACUAGAGGAUUCGAUGAAACCCUCCCUUCCUUUUCAUAUUGCCUGUCUGUUCAAUUGACUAAGGAUGCCUGAAUCUGAAGGAGAAAGAGCAUGGAAAGGGAGAAAAGCUAUUUCCAUUGAAAAUUCAAAUCCUGUUACCUUUCUAACUUUCAUAAAAACUUGGGAUCAGGAAUCAGCUGAUUUCCUGUUAAGGCUGAUAUUAGGAGGUUAUUCUUAACAGCUGUUAGGAACAGUGCCUUGUGGGGGCUGGGAAAACUAAACGCACAGUCUCACCAAUGUUUAACCACAUGGUGCUAACAGGGCCGGCUGGUACCUCCUUUGCCACACACCGUCAAGGGCCAGCAAGCCUUUAUUGACAGUGUAUGAUGUGAAAGUCAAGAAAGAGAUCAUGAGCUGAUGAAAGACCUCCAGCUUUCAGUAGCUCAGGCUGAGCUGCUGUAGAGUCUGUCGUGGCCAUGCCUAACCUCCUCUUGACAGGCGAGAGACACUGAGUCAUGUCAUCAACAGAAAGGAAGCAUCCUGGAGAGACCAGCCAAGUCUACACUUUCUGUAUGUUCAUUAUAAUCAAGGAAACAGUGCCAGGUUGAAGUCACAGAUUUAUGUUUUCAACUCAAGGAUGUGCUAUCAAUUUGAUUUUCUUACUGCUUCACCCAGCUUGUGAGAGUUGAUUGACAGUCUUGAGUAUGAAGGCUGGAAAAGACUUAUUUUUGAUUCAGGAGUGCCAUUUGGCUCUCCCAGACAGGUGCCUCAAAAACUGUUAGCAAGUGGUAUUUGGAUGUCUUGGCAAGGCCUUUGCAAUGAUUUUUAAGGUUUCUUUCCACAUUGUCAACAUUGUUGGCUGACACGAUUCUACUUGCAGGCCAAGAAAUUAUCAUACCUCUUGCCAAAGGUAAAAAAAAUUAAAUUGAAAAUGGAAGUGACCUCUUUCCGGUGACAUGCAGGCUUAUUUUUGAACCUUUCCUCUUCCAGCUUUCCCUGAAAACCUGGAUUUAUCUCUGGACAGCUGUUCAGGUUUCCUAGCUAAGGGGGUAAGCGUCCCAGCAGAGCAUCUCACAGCUUUGGGCUGGGUUUGCAGGGCUUGUAUUUUGCAUAAAAUGUCGUGUCUUAACCACAUGUAGUGAGUUACCCACUAAUGAGCCCAUGGUUUUAUUUCAGAAGCACACGAGGGUGUGAAUCCACUCUAUUACCUUUCUGUGUCGCCUUAGCUAUUCAGGCCAGUCAGAGAAUAUAUAUAUGUUUCAUCACCACCCGGAGCAGUGGCAGAGAGUAGAUUGCACUUGGGCACACAAGUGUUCACAUAAACAUUGAGCCGUCUCUGAAGAUAGGUGCUCGGGCCUUGUCCACAAUGAGACUUUCCACCUUCCUUUAUUUUGGCUUGGGAUCACUUCAUGGCUUUUCUAAUAAUUGAACCAUAACCAUGUAAUAGUAUGUAAAGGCCCAGAAAUUAUCCUUGCUCCAAAGUGUCAAAUAGUUUCAUGUAAUGUAGAGCCCUUGUCAUCAUUUCCCAAAAUUUGCUUCUUCUCCCCGUUUUCUCUUCUUUCCUGUGUGGUAUGUGGUGUACAUGUGUAAAUAUGACUUUAUAUUGGUUAUGCCGACAUGUAAUCCAUUUCCAACUGGCCGAGUGUGGCUCAUGGCUGUGUGUUUUGGAAGGUAGGCAGGAUUCUCAGAGGGAUGGUUUCCCAUUGGAAAUCCUACGAGUGGCAGUGGAGUCAUGCAAACGUUUUCUGUAAGUACAUGAUUGACUUGCCAUUUUAGAGUUAAAAUGGUACAUUCAGGUGCUGAAUAUGACGUUACCUUGCAGACUAAAAGGUUGAAGACAUAAAACUCUUAGCCAACAGUAAGGGCUGUGCUCCUAUUAAAGCUGAGUUCAUCUGCCGAGGGAGGUUUGGUUGACUGAAAUAUUUCCUCUAAGAUCGGGGCUUUGACAUGCGAUGGCUGAAGUGGGCUCCUUUGUGGGCUCCACUUCCUCUCUGCAGCGCUCAUGGCCGGUUGAGUAACGAGCUAGCUUAUACACUAAAGGGCUCCAAGCUGCACUCAGACCUAUUAGGUGUCUGCUUUACUCUUUUAACCAGCAUUCUUGAAAGCAGACCCAGUGACCUCAUGGCAGUGUGCCAUUGUGCAAACUGCUCCCUGUUCUCACGUUUUUUAAAGGGCUUCCGUCUGGGCUGGACCCAGGUCUCGCGUGUAGAAGACGCCUGUGCAGACAGCUGGGACCUUGCAUUCUACCCUGUAGUAAAGCAUUUCCCUCAGCAGUGCCCAAUUGUAUCUGUUAUUUUUGGUUUAACACACACUGAUUCAUACUAAUAAAUAUUUUAAGUCUUA